CCGGCCGGCCGGCCGGGGGGGGGGUCUCGCGCAGCGCCACCACCUCGGCGCGUGCGUGUGUAACUGUGUGUGCGUGUGCACGGGGGUGCGUCUUGGUGGUCCUCUGCCUGCCUGUGUCUGUGUGCACGUGUGAAUCCACGCAUGUACGUGCAAAUACCUCACAGGCCUUUGUGGGUGAAGCUCGUCCCUCAGGUCUUGCGAAAGGAUCUGAAGUGGCGUCAGCCCCCCCCGCCCCCCGUAUACAGAUGCCUACACCCGUGUAUACACGGACCAGCGCCCUCUCCUGGGCUGGCUACAAACAAGAGCUGUCACAGAGCAGGCGAGCCGCCGCCGCCUACCGGGACAGGAGAUGGCACCAGCGGGGCAAUGUGCCCAAAACAUCACCGACGAUGCAGCAGCAGCAGCAGCUAAGCAGGUGCAGGGAGCCUGAUCAUAGCUGAGGAGCAGCCUCUUGAGGAAGGACCUGUAAACCUGUUGAUGCUGAGAUCAUCCCCAGGGAGAUCUGGGGAGAGGGGACUCCUGACACCUGAGCCAGGCUAAAUGCAUGAGAAGCAGGGCAGGUGCCCACAGGAGGGAGAGAACAUGGCUGUGAGCAAGCUCGCGGAUGUCUUUGAGGAUGUGGCCGUGUACUUCACACAGGAGGAGUGGGAGCUGCUGGAAGCUGGAGACAAGGUGCUUUACCAGGACCAGAUGCUGAGGAAUUACCAAGCCCUUGUUUCCUUGGGAUAUCAAGGUCCCACACCAGACUUAAUCUGCCACAUCCAGCAAGGGGAGAUGGAGCUCUGGGUUUGGAAUGAUGAGAAAGCCAAAAAAAACGCAUUUUCUGAGGACUUGUCCCCAGAUACUGAAACACUGGGCAGAGCUGAGCAGCAGCAGCCUCAUGAGGAAGGGCCUACCAACCUGAAGCUGUUUCAGGCCAGAAACCAGCUCCCCCACCAACAGGGACAGAGAACAGUGGAGAUUGAAAGAAACAGGGAAGGAUUUGAAGGGCAGAGAAACCUGAAGAGCCCCAAGGGCAUGGGUUCUGGCAGGCAAGGGCUGCAUAUAUGUGGGCUGCCCAGUGAGAGCUUUUGGGACAAAGAGGAACUUGGGGCCCACAGGAGAGCCCACUGGAGGGAGAAUGUCAAGCCUUGUGUUGAGCGUGGGGACAGCUUCCACAAUCCAUGCCCUCUUCUUGGGCACCAAAAAAUGUACUCAGGGGAGCACCCCCAUCUCUGCCCAGAGUGUGGGAGGAGCUUUGUCUCCCUAAAUGACCUGCGAGUGCAUCAGGGCAUACACAUGCAGGAGCAGCUAUACCGCUGUGCUGAGUGCAAAAAGAGCUUCACUAGGUGGGAUCACCUGCGAAGCCACACAUGUGUGCAUGUUGGGGAGAAGCCAUUCUCCUGCCUACAGUGUGGGAAGAGCUUCACCAAGAGCUCCAGUCUCACACAGCACCAGUGCAUGCACACUGGGGAGAAAAUGUUAUUCUGCAACCAGUGCGGGAAGAGCUUCACCGAGAGCUCCAAACUCACCAGUCACCUGCGUGUGCACACAGUGGAGAAACCCUUCUCCUGCAGCCAGUGCAGGAAGAGCUUCACCUACAGCUCUAGUCUCACCAAUCACCUGCGCAUGCACACGGGGGAGAAACCUUUCUCCUGCAGCCAUUGUGGGAAGAGUUUUACCCAGAACUCCAAUCUCACUGAUCACCUGCGUGUGCACACGGGAGAGAAGCCAUUCUCUUGCAUCCAGUGUGGGAAGAGCUUUACGCAGAGCUCCAAUCUCACCAAUCACCUUCGCAUACACACAGGAGAAAAACCCUUCUCCUGCAGCCAGUGUGGGAAGAGCUUUUCCAAGAGGUCAAUACUUAGUAACCACUUGCGUGUGCACACAGGGGAGAAGCCGUACUCCUGCAGCCAGUGUGGGAAGAACUUCACUGAGAGCUCCACACUUGCUGUGCACGUGCGUGUGCACACAGGGGAGAAACCCUUCUCCUGCAGCCAGUGUGGGAAGAGCUUUGCGGAGAACUCCAAACUUGCCAAUCACGUGCGUGUACACACAGGGGAGAAACCAUUUUCUUGCAGCCAGUGCGGGAAGACCUUCACGCAGAGCUCCAACCUCACCAAUCACCUGCGUGUGCACACAGGGGAGAAACCCUUCUCCUGCACACAUUGUGGGAAGAGUUUUACCCAAAACUCCAACCUCACUGAUCACCUGCGCGUGCAUACGGGGGAGAAGCCAUUCUCUUGCACCCAGUGUGGGAAGAGCUUUACGCAAAGCUCCAAUCUCACCAAUCACCUCCGUGUGCACACAGGAGAGAAACCCUUUCCCUGCAGCCAGUGUGGGAAGAGCUUCUCCAAGAGGUCAACACUUACAAACCACCUGCGUGUGCACACAGGUGAGAAGCCAUACUCCUGCAGCCACUGUGGGAAGAGCUUCACUGAGAGCUCCUCACUUGCUGUGCACAUGCGUAUACACACAGGGGAGAAACCCUUCUCCUGCAGCCAUUGUGGGAAGAGCUUUGCUGAGAGCUCCAAACUCACCAAUCAUGUGCGUGUGCAUACAGGGGAGAAACCAUUUUCUUGCAGCCAGUGUGGGAAGAGCUUCACACAGAGCUCCAACCUCACCAAUCACCUGCGUGUGCACACGGGGGAGAAGCCGUACCGCUGCCUCCAGUGCCAGAAGUGUUUCCAGCAGAGCUCUGCCCUGAAGAAACACCAGCGAACCCACGGGAACAGGAUCAUUGUGCUGAAUGGGGGGCAGUUUCCCUCAUCCUCCUUGGGCAAUGAGUGUAAGGGUUCAAAUUGUGGAUUGUAAUGCCCCCAGCUUCUUCCUGCUUCCAUGUGGAGUGUCUCACAUAGGAAGUUCUGGUAGCAUCUGGUGACAGCUGGGACAGAGAAGACAACAGGUAAGAUUUAAGUGAUGGAGCCAGGUAGCAGAGAGGAUAGAAGUGGGGAGACCCAAUACCAAAGUUGCCCGGAAAACGGACAAUCUUUCUUGAACUGUCAAGUCCUAGGCUACUACCACCUGUGGUAGCAAGGUGAUCACUUCCUUUUCCUUCCUGUGGUGUUUAGGGCACUUUAUUGUCAUCAGUUUUUUACUGUCUUGAUUAUCUUGUCUGGUUCUAUACCACCCAGGCAGUUCCGCUGGUCCUGCGAUAGACCCAGUUUGGACAAGGAGCUCAAUAAAGGGAAUAUCCACGAA